AUGUUAACCAAGAUCAUUCAUGAAAAUGAUGAAUUAUUACACUGUGUAGACCAAACAAAAAAGAUAAAAAAUCAUGUACAGACUACAGUUGACGAUCAACAUGAGGCAAUGUUAACUAAGAUCAUUGAUGAAAAUGAUGAAUAUUAUGAGCAAUAUAUUAUAUAUCCCUUGUAUGAAAAAAAAUUGAAUAAAAGUGCAACAGCCUUGUAUCAGAUGUUAAAAAUUGGAGAUUUGCCAAUGGAUAAUCGUAAAAAAUUAUCGGAUUUAAUGUGUUUUCCAGAUUUAUUUCCUUUUGCUGCAGAAUAUUUAGAAGCAAUGUCGAAAGAAUUAUUGGAAUCUAAUUUAAGUACAAUAUUUUCCGAAUUAAGAAAUACAGAACAAUAUUGGCAAAGACCGAGAAGUGAUUUAAAUUGCAUGACACAGCAUUAUGGACCUGCAACAUGGUUUUUAACGUUAAGUCCUAGCGAAUGGUUGUGGGAUGAUUUAGGAGAAUAUAUUCGUGAAGUAAACGGAUGGCACAAUUCCUCGUUGUGUACUAGUGUACUUGUUGCCAAAGAUCCAGUGUCAACAUCAAGGUUUCUAGAUAAUAACUUCAAAGCAAUGCUCGAUUUUAUGUGUUCAAAAGAUCAUCCGAUUGGAGAAAAACCAUUAUCUGAUCAUGUAUUAAAAGUUUUACGAGCAGAACUCAAAGAUGUUAUUCUCAUUAUAAUUGAUGAAGUGUCAAUGAUAUCUAAUUUGACUUUAAUGUAUAUACAUCUUCGAUUGUCUCAAAUAUUUGAUACUACUGAUUCUGAUGACAGUUGGUUUGGUCGCAAGCACAUUCUUCUACUUGGAGAGUUGCUUCAAUUACCUCCUGUACACGAUAAUCCAGCUUUUAUACAUUUAUCAAAAGAAAUAGUUAAUAAAUAUCUUGGAUCUAUAAAAGCUAUUAACCAAUAGAUUACAUUGUUUGACUAUGAUGAACUGACAAUCAAUAUGCGACAGCAAGGAGAUAACACUUAUCGUGAAUUAUUGUCGAGAAUUCGUAUUGGUUUAGUGACUNUGUCUGAUUGUGAGAUUCUUUCGAAACGUGAUGUUCUUAAUGCGGCAAUGUUAAAUCGUAUUAAGGAGAAAGAAAUAAUAUUAAUUGCGGAGGAUACGAUAGAAUGUACUCCGUUUGUAAAAAAAAAACUUUUAAAAGUACUGUCGGAUAUAGAGGAUGAUACUUCUAGAACAGCCGGACUUUCAAAAACAAUUCUUAUUAAAAUUGGAGCAAACGGUAUGAUAAGACGCAAUAUUGAUGCUAGCUUAGGACUUGUAAACGGUACAAUAGGUACAGUGGUUUCGGUUAUUGGAAAUAUUUCGAAUAGUGAAUAUGUAGAAAAGAUAAAACUUUGCUUGUUGUCAGGUUUAGAAUUUUCAAUUGAGAAAGUAAAUGUCAAGUUUCAGGUAAUGGAAAAAGCUUAUGUUAUUAGAAAACAAUUUCCAUUGUCUUUGAGUUAUGGGAUCACUAUUCAUAAAAGCCAAGGAGUGAGUUUGUCCAAUGCUAUUAUGGACAUAGGUACUUCGAUAUUUAGUCCUGGUCAAAUUUACGUUGCGUUGUCACGAGUAACAUCUCUAGAAGAACUGCAUUUAAUUAAUUGCGACCCUUUAUCUGUAAAAGCGAGUGAAGAAGCUAUUAUUGAAUACAACAGGUUAAAACAAUUUCAUAAACCAGAAGCAGAAAUGAUUGUUGUUUCAAAACAGAAAAUUUGUAAAGUAAAAGAUACCCUUUGGACAAUAUCAAAAGUAAUUGGUUCUGUACAACAAGAGCCACGUGAAAAUAUUCAAACAAAUACUGCGUGGGUCAUUCGUGGUUUCCAAAAUAAUGAUAAAGUUUCAUCCUAUGCAAAUGCGGUAUUGCAAUGUUUACUGCAUUUAAGUAUCGUUAGAAAAAAAUACUCGAUUGUGAUAAGCUAA